AAAAACUAAAAAAAUAAGCAAAGUAAAGAGAGAGAAAGCCAUUAGAGAGAGAGAUGAAGAAAGAGAUGUCUGGAAGCUGUAGUGUAAAAUAGGGGGCAUAAACUGUACCAUUUGGUCUCUACAAUUACAAAGACUCCUUUUUUAUAACCCUUCUUCACUCUUUCCCUUCUCGCCGCCCACUUUUCCGGCCACCGGAAAAUUACCCAAUUCUUUUUCCGGCCUCUUUCUUUCAAUCAUGACAACAACAACUACAUGAUCAGUUUUCUCACAUCUUCAUUACAAAUUUAUCUGCCCUUCCCUAAAACAUGCCGCCCGCCGGCGUUGGACCCUCCGCCGCCAUACCCAUCUCCAAUACAGCCGAAGGAGAGAAAAAGAGUAUAAAUCCAGAGUUAUGGCAGGCCUGUGCCGGGCCGUUGGUGAACCUGCCGGCGGCAGAAACCUAUGUUGUCUAUUUCCCACAAGGCCACAGCGAACAGGUUGCUGCUUCUAUGAAGAAGGAUGUUGAUGCUCAGAUUCCAAAUUAUCCAAAUCUCCCUUCAAAAAUCAUUUGUCUUCUUCAUAAUGUCACGUUGCAUGCUGAUCCAGAAACAGAUGAAGUUUAUGCUCAAAUGACCCUUCAACCAGUUCCUUCGUUUGACAAAGAAUCGCUUCUGAGAUCGGAUCUGUCGAUGAAAACGAUCAAACCUCAGACCGAAUUCUUCUGUAAAACGUUAACAGCAAGCGACACUAGUACACACGGAGGUUUCUCAGUUCCUCGUCGAGCUGCUGAAAAAAUAUUCCCAUCUCUUGAUUUCAAUUUGCAACCUCCUGCUCAAGAAUUGAGGGCGAGAGAUUUGCACGAUAACGAAUGGACCUUUCGCCAUAUCUACCGAGGCCAACCAAAAAGGCAUUUACUCACAACUGGUUGGAGUCUCUUUGUUAGUGGGAAGAGGUUGUUUGCUGGUGACUCGGUUCUGUUCAUUCGAGAUGAGAAGCAACAACUUCUUUUGGGAAUCAGACGGGCUAAUCGACAACCAACGAAUCUUUCGUCUUCUGUUUUGUCGAGCGAUAGUAUGCAUAUUGGUAUCUUGGCAGCUGCAGCCCAUGCAGCAGCUAACUAUAGUCCUUUCACGGUCUUCUUCAAUCCAAGAGCAAGCCCUUCAGAAUUUGUGAUUCCUUUAGCUAAGUACUAUAGAGCAGCAUGCAGCAAUCAAAUAUCUUUGGGAAUGCGUUUUCGAAUGAUGUUUGAAACCGAGGAAUCGGGUACUAGAAGGUAUAUGGGAACAAUAACUGGCAUAAGUGAUCUUGAUCCUAUUAGAUGGAAAGGCUCUCAAUGGAGAAACUUGCAGGUUGGAUGGGAUGAAUCGACCGCAGGUGAAAAACGUAACCGUGUAUCCAUAUGGGAAAUUGAACCUGUGACGGCUCCUUUCUUUAUUUGUCCUACUCCUCCGUUUUUUCGACCCAAACGCCCUAGACAACCUGGAAUGCCCGAUGACGAUUCUUGUGAUGUAGAGAAUUCGUUUAAGAGAUCGACGAUGCCAUGGUUAGGCGGUGGUGAUGAUUUAGGCAUGAAGGAUACUCACUCGCUUCCUGGUCUAAGCUUAGUCCAAUGGAUGAACAUGCAACAACAACAACAACAACAUAAUCCUUCUUCUUUAGCGAUGGGGAAUUCAAUGCAGCCAACAAAUUACAUGAAUUCGCCCGUUCUUCAGAACUUUGGUGGAUCCCAAAUGGGAUUGCAAUCAAACCAAGUUUCACAUUUUAAUUCUCAUAAGCCGCCUCCAUUACAGCAACCUUCAUCUAUGAAUCCCUUAGGUUCCAUCUUACAGCAUCAACAUCAACAACAACAACAACAUCAGUUGGCCGAUAUUAGCCAGCAAACGAAACAGAGUCUAAUUAAUCAUCAAAAUCUGCCAUCGAUGUCCACGAACGAUGUUCUUCAUCAGCAACCACAGCCAACUUCCAUUUCAAACCAUCAGCUUCAAAGAAACAUGUCGUCGUCUAAUUUUCAACAGCAGCAACAGUUUCUCACGCAAAACCAACAGCAGAAUUUGAUGUCAAACUCUCAGCUUCACGACCCGGUUUCGCAGCAGUUACAGUUCUCGGAGAAUCAAUAUAAGCUCCAAUUCUUACAGAAGCUGCAGCAACAACAACAAGUUCUUUUAGCCCAACAAUCAUCUCAACAACAACAACUUCCGGAAGCAUCUCAGAACUUCUCUAGAUCAACGACAUCUAGCCAAAUGCUCGAAAUGCAUCAAACAAGCACAACACAUCUCACCCCUCAGCCUGGUCUGCCAAAAAUCGAUAGCCAACAUAAUAUCAGAUUCUCAAAGCCAACGAGCAAUCAACUCUCGGCAGCAAAUGGAGGACAGUCUGUAAUAACCGACGAUGUUCCUUCUUGUUCAACAUCGCCUUCCACAAACAAUUGCAACAACAGAAUCCAAAGACAUACAAGCUUGGGAGACGACAUGACGACUCAUUCGUCUGCCAUUCUCUUCGGUUCUAGCGGUUUGGAGUCUAUUUCCGCUAACAAUAGCUUGAUUAAAGACUUGCAGUUAAAACCCGAUGCUAAAAGUUCGAUGAAUAUCACAAGCAAGAGUCAAAGCCAAGGAUUUUUAGCCCCAUCAACUACAUACAUGAGUGUUGGCGGAGGAGGACAAAUGGAUUAUUUGGACACAUCAUCAGCUACCUCGGUUUGUCUCUCGCAGAAUGACUUACAUUUACAACCGCAGAAUGCCACAACAAUGACAUAUAAUAAUACUCAAACGAUGUUAUUUAGAGACACGGGUACCCAAGACGAUGAGGUUUUGCAUAUCGAAAGCCAAUUGGGAGGAAUACCUAUGAUUCCCGAACCUUUGCUCCCGAAAACAAAUGUCGGUGACGGAGGAAUUCUUUCCAACUAUGAAGGAGUUAAAGAUCUUCAACAAGAACUUUCUUCAUCAAUGGUUUCCGAACCAUUUGGAGUUCCCGAUAUUGGUUUCAACUCCCUCGAUUCUCCCAUAAACGACAAUAACUUCCUCAACCGAGGUUCUUGGGCGCCACCACCUCCUCCCCAACUUCAGAGAAUAAGAACAUAUACCAAGGUUUACAAGCGUGGAGCGGUUGGAAGAUCGAUUGACAUAGGUCGUUACUCUGGAUACGAGGAGCUAAAACAAGAUCUAGCUCGUAGAUUUGGUAUUGAAGGGCAGCUCGAGGAUAGACAUCGUGUUGGAUGGAAACUUGUUUAUGUUGAUCACGAAAAUGAUGUCCUUCUUGUUGGAGAUGAUCCUUGGGAGGAAUUUGUUAAUUGUGUUCGAUGUAUUAAGAUUCUUUCUCCUCAAGAAGUUCAACAGAUGAGCCUAGACGGAGAUUUUGGCAACAAUGUUCUUCCAAAUCCGGCUGGAAGCAGCUCUGAUGGUGGAAAUGUAUAAUAAAUAGAUAUGGUUUUCUUUCAAAAGCAACCAUUUUUUCUCCUACUCACAUUCAAUUUGCAUGAAUGGAUUUGAUCCAGUUCUAUUGGAGAGAAAAAUCAGCAGUCUUUUUACUUGAAUGUGAUAGAAAUUGUAAUGAAGAUGUCUUUUUUCAUACUCACAUUCAAUUUAAUGUAUUAUUCUUAGUAUUAUAGUUCUCAGUCCUAGACUCUUAUGUUUUAGUCUUGACUCUAUGUAUAGUAUAGAUGUGUAGUAGAAUUGAACCUUAAACUAAGUUUAAUGAAAUUUGAUGAGUAUAUUCUAAACAAAAUUUUAUGU